AUGGAGGACACCAUACCAGGUAAGGCUUCUGUAGCAAAGCGGAAAUACGCAGAUGUGGCGCAAGAUUAUCGCACCACAUUGUUCGUUGACCGUGAUUCGUUUCAGAGUGGGCUCGAUGAGCGGCUCAGAGCGAAAGCCUCGUCAUCCGGAAUGGGCACGAAGCUUUGUGGGAAGACGCCGCUGAGCAGAGGCCAGUCAAGAUUUUCUCAUGGUGAAAGUGACCUUAGUGAAGAUGAAAAUAGAAAUGAUUUGAUAAAUAGUGGUGGAGAUAGGAGAUUUGUAGAGAAAGAUGAUAACAUGAGUGAUAUCUUAAGUAUAUCGCGUUACCUGAGGCGGCUUAAAAAGCAGGAGUCUCAGUCAGUUGCGGAACUUUGCGUGGAAUUAGAGAGGCUAUCGGCAAUUGCGUACGCGGAGUUGGAUGAUCUCGCGUUAGCAACAACGAGGGCACAACAGUUGUGUGAACAGUUAGUUCAUUGGCCGGAGUCGUAUCACUUACUGGUACCCAUGGAGGAGACAGAAGUGGACGCAUACGCAAAGCUCAAGGAUACGGCUAUGAGAACUGAGGGAAGAAAACUGUUCCUUAGGAAUACAAAGGAGUUAGGCGAGUCAAGUGGAUAUGAAAUGCGACGAGGCCAACAAAGGCCAAAACGGUCAACGAGCAUCCAAGAAGAGACGUUGAAGAGGGUCAGCAGGAUAAUGAGAGAGAAGCACAGAUGUGAUGUUACAGAUGUCAAGGCAUAG